AGAGACCUGUCAGCCCUUCCCACCCCGCGAUAAAACAGGAAAUUGCAGCAAUCGCAGGCAGCCUCCUUCCCCUUGCCGGAAGUGCUCCGGCUGCUCCCAGGGAUGCAUUGCAAGGGUGUGAGUCUGAAAGCCCCGCACAAUGGAGCAGGCUCGGCGUGACUCGCCAAGGGCGAGCUGAUUUCCCAGCAUCGCCUGGCCACUAGCCCGUGCGGGGUGAAUCCAGCCUGUCCUGCUCCGCUUCCUCCCCUGGCCCGGACCGGGGGAGCCCUGCUGCCGUUAGAGGAGAAAGCGAAGCGAGACACGGCGAGCUCCGCAUUGCAGCCUAGCAGGCGCCCGGCGCACCUCACCGGCUCGGGGAAUCAGCCCGGGGAAGGCCCCGCAAACUCUGCUCCGGGCGGGCGCUUCCAGCCGGUUCCCGUCCGUUCGCACCAGGGGAGUCCCCCGGGGAACAGCCCGGCCUGGGUGGUUGUACACAGCCCUCUGGGCGGGUCACGGACCGGAGCAGUGUCCGCGCGCGGCCACGCCGGAGUGAAAUUGGAUCAGGUAUAAAAAGCCUCCUCAUGCAACGGGACAACGUCCCUCAGGUUGCCGUGUAUUCAAACGAUGAGGAACCCCCACAGGCACCAGCCAGGGCACCUUGGGCUGUGAUCCCAUCAUGCCUUCACACUGAGCCAUCAGGCUAGGAGAGCUGGAGACCUUCCAGGAGACACAGAUGUGGUAGGACCACGUGGAGAUGAGAGUCCCAUGAGUGUGGAUCAGAAGCAGGAUCUCAUGACUCACCUGACAUCCCCCGCUGGAGAAAGGCCGUUCGCGUUUCCGGCUUGUGACGAAAGCUUUAGUGAUGAGAGAAACCUCAUAAUCCACAGCCAGGCGGAGGAGCGGGAGUACAAAUGCAUUCUGUGUGGGAAAUGCUUCAACCAGCAGCCCAGCCUGACCCGGCACCAGAAGAACCACACGGGGGAGAGGGCCUACAUCUGCCCCGAGUGUGGUAAGAGCUUCAGCCUCAAACACAACCUGAUCAUCCACCAGCGCACCCACACGGGCGAGCGGCCCUACAAGUGCAGCGUCUGCGAGAAGAGCUUCAGCCUGAAGCAGAACCUGGUCACCCACCAGCGCAUCCACACCGGGGAGCGGCCCUUCGCCUGCCCCGAGUGCGGGAAGAGCUUCCGGGAGCAGCGGUUCCUCCUCAACCACCAGAGGACCCACACGGAGGAGCGGCCCUAUGAAUGCAGCGACUGCGGCAAGUCCUUUAAGGAGAAGCAGACGCUCGCCAGCCACCAGAGGACCCAUAGCGGGGACAGGCCUUACCAGUGCGCCGAGUGCGGGAAGAGCUUCAGCCAGCGCACGUUCCUGGUGACGCAUGAGAAGACCCACCAAGGGGGGAGCCCAUUCACCUGUGGCGAGUGCGGGAAGAGCUUCAGUUGCAAGAGCGGCCUUGUCACCCACCAGCGCAUCCACACUGGGGAGCGGCCCUUCGCCUGCCCCGAGUGCGGGAAGCGCUUCAGCCAGAAAGGGUCUCUGAAAAUCCACCAGAGAAUCCACACUGGGGAAACCCCCUUCACUUGCCCCGAGUGUGGGAAAACCUUCACGCAGAAGAUAAACCUGACUACGCACCAGAGAACCCACCUGGGAGACAAAGCCCUGACAUGAGCCUGACAUCAUGCUAGAAGCUUUACAGAGCGGAUAGCUCUGAACUCUGCUGGGAGCUCCCAGAGGGCCCAUGACUGCACUGGAUGCGAGAGGCUGAACGGCGGAGACUCCAUGUGAACGUUCUGAGUGUCUGGAAGGCCUCAGUCACUCCUUAUACACCCUGGUGUCCCACAAGGGAUACUGAUUGUCUUCAUGCAGUGAGUCUGGGUCCCCCUGUACAGCUCCUCUGUCCAUUGGCCGGUCAGGUUUGUGCUCUUCUGUGCCCACCCCACAUAGAAGCCCCUGAAGGAAUCCCAAGUCCCAGCCCCCCGGCUCCAUGGUGAUGGCCUUGCCCUGCAGCAAGGCACUCUCCACCACGUCCCUCUUCCAGCUCCCUGUCCCUGUCCCAGCUCGCUUGGCUCCCUGCGCUUGGGAGCAGAUGAGAUAACAACGAGGGAGGCUCACGGUGAAGUUCUUUACUGCUGCUGUAGGACUGAUCCUGUGAAGUGCUGAGUCCCAUCAGUAUCCUUCAGCCUCCAUUGGAGAUGCCUGACAUCUUGCAGGAUCAAACCUGUCUGGCCUGCUUUUCCGAGGUGCUGAGCACCCACGCCUCCUGCUGGCUCCCAUGGGAGCUGUGAAUGCCCAGCACCCCUGAAAACUAGGAACAGCUCUCUUCGCUUUCUCUCCCUCUUGGAGCAUUGCAGCCUUGAGGACCUUAAAGCCCGUAGUUCUGGCCUGGCCAAAAUUCAGCCCUGGGAUCACUGCAGGCCCAGUGUUCUACAGCGUGGGCCGCAAGGGCCCUGGUCAUCUAUACGGAUAUUGGCCUGGCUGCUCAGAGCAGGUUGAGGCCAGGCAUGCUGGGAUCCAGGUUCUCCAUAAGCCCCUCCUCCACAUUAAGGAUUAGGGCAGCUGCACACUUUUUGCCAGUUAGACAUGGCCUGUGGAGUGUUGGUUAAAUCCCCUCAGCUGGGCAGUUCAGGUGCUUCAGCUGCAGCCCCUUGUGGGAUAGCGGAAGCACGAAGGUACAAGCAGCUCUGAGUUAGGGGAAUGCAGUGAGGGUGGCUGGUGCCCGUGAACAGAGCAGAGGGAGGUGCGCCCAGAGAAAGCAGAUGUGGCAGCACCAUCCCAGCCCUUGCCUGAAUUAAUAGCGCCUUGUGACCAUUGCAGGGCUGUGUAAAUUACAGCAGCUCUCAGUCAUGUUUGCCUGGCAUCCCCGCACCCAGCUCUCACUUGGCAGUUUGGCCCUGGCACUGGCCCGUAAAGCACUAUUUAUAUGUGCUCUGUAUUGUUUGCAUUAUCCGAGUAGUUGGAAAUUUUCCACUCGCGCAUGAAUUAAUCUCUGAAUGUGUUCGUUUACCCAGGGAGCGAGAACGAUGAGUGUGAAAAAGAAGCAGGAUCUCAUGACUCAUGUGAAAUAUUAAUACAUUGUAUGUGGGAAAAGCUUCAGCCCACAGCCACCUCUCCUAGAAACCACACAGGAGAGAAGGUGGCACCUGAAGCAGGAUCUCACCCACCCCCUGGAAUCCAUCCAGAGAAACUGUUAUCCUCAUAAUCCAUUAAAAAAAACUUCAGAGAUGAGAGAUUUCUUCUAAAUCGCCAGGAACCCUGCACAGAGAGACUAAGCGACUAUAGUCCUCGCUGCAAACCCUUCAGGGAGAAGCAGGUUCACAAAACCCCAGAGAACCUGCACUGGGGAAAGACCAUCCCAAUGAACUGAAUGUGAGAAAGGCUUGGUCCGAGAAUGUUCCUGGUGAUAGCUGAAAAAAUCCACAAAGACAGGGCCCCAUUUAUCCGCUCUGAGCAUGGGACAUGCCUCAGCUGUCAGAUGACCUCAUUAUGGUCCAGAGAAUCCAUACCAGAGGAGACCAUUUAAAUGCCCCGAGGGGGGGCAUGCUCCUCACAAGAUAAAUCUUCCCCAAUGAAUCUGCAUGAGUGAGAUCCCUUACCCAGAACUGGAGAUAAGCUAAGACUAAUUCUCUCCUCUGCAGGAAUCACUGGGUGUAGUUCUGUGACCGGCCAGUGCAGGAGGUUGACUAGAGAAGCACAGUGAUUUCUUCUGGCUUUAAAUUCCAUGAACCUGUAAUUCUGAAUAUAAGCCUGAGACUUCCUGAAGGUGGGAAAAUAGUCCAUUAAAACACAAGGAGAGAUAUCACACAAAUGUCAUGUAUGUUGGAGAAAUCUUAUUCGCUCCUGUUGCUGUACAGGACAGCAAGAAAUUGCCAAGCGGAUGCACUGGAGUGUUUGCUCCCUGGUUGCUGUUACAGGCCAGUUCAGGGAGCGUUGCUAUGUCAGUGGCAUCCCUGUUUUCCCUUUGUGGUAUUUCCCACCUCCUGUUCUAGUCUCUUCUGGUCCUUUCUGUUUGGGUUUGUGAUGUUUCUGUUCUAUGCCUGAAGAUUAUGGGCAGAAGGGGACAGUUUCAUUAAUGUUCCAAAAGGAGGCAAGUUUCUGCUGCAUGUGAAGAGGACAAGAAUUCACUGUUUCCCCUGGGAGAGGCCAUCAGUGCAGUCAGCAUAAAACUCAAGACUUGUCCAACACAAACAGUUCCUGCCCAUCUCACCCACAGCCGUUCCGAUGAGCGAAACAGGAAUGGUUUGAAAAAUGAAUUUUCCUUUCAUAGUUUUCUGCUAUUUUGCUCAAUGUUACCUGUCACUCUGCCUGGACAAUGAAACCAGAUUGGUCAGUUUCAGUUUCUAGCCAUUUUCACUUUCUGGGUCUCCCCAUGGGCAUAUUUUUACUGGGUUCCCAAUGCCACAGGGGAAUGAAUAUUAAACAUCUGGGAGAAGGGAGAUCAUUUCAGUGGAGCUGUACUGGGGUAGAAUUAACCAUGGAUUUCAAGUCAUAACAGCUGAUACAUCCAGAGAUUAACAUCAGAGAUCAGACUUUAGGGCCCAGUCCAACUCCUAAUGAAAUAAGUGGACAGGCUGUCAUUGCUGUCAGUGGGAACAGGAGCAGAAAGGCUCUGUCCUGCAAGGUGCUGAAUGCUCUGGCCCUGAUCCAGCAAAGCAGAGCGCUUUAGCACAUGCAUUGGCGUCAGCGUGAUCACUCACCACGUUAACGUUAAGCAAGGGCAUAAGGGCUUUGCUGGAUCAGAGUCAGCGUGCCAAGCAUCUUGCAGGAUUGAGGCCCUAGUGACCGAGGAGCAAAUACGAUAACCCUCAUCCUACCAGGGGAUAGGGUACCGCCCCGGAUGAGAGAGCACAUGUAGCUCAUCGUCAGAGAUUCGGGCAAACACUCCCAUCGGUACGAGGUUUUUGAGAUACUCACCCUCCCAACACCCUUUAUUUAAAAAAUAAAUCUAAAUGUUGUCUGUAACCCCAGAGAAUUGGCUGGGUAAGUUUCUUUGGGAAUGCACAGGUACCAUUUCUGUGACUGGAGAGUGCCAUAUUCCUGAUUAAGAGGCAUGUGUUGGCUCGUAUUUCUAUAGAGGAUCCUGGGUCUUUAACUCUGUUUGAAUUCUUGUAGUGAUCCCUGCCUGGGCAGAAGAAGUGGUAGAGAUGGGUUGAUUAAAGGAUAUGAAAAUAAGACAGGAGCUGGUAGGGGAGGGGUGUGUCUGGUGAGGGUUAAUCCUAGCGGGAAGCAGCAAUUAAAUUGGGGAUGGAAAUGAUGGGGCGUCUCUCUGGUACUGUACCUGGAAUGCUAGAGAUCAAUAAAGGAAGGUGUGUUUUGAAAGGAACUCUGCGCUGUGUGAUCAUU